AAGCCAUUUGUUUCCCUCCAGAUGACAGUAAAAAGAUGAAAAUUGGAGCAAGGCUGUUAUUUGGGCUGUUCUACUUCCUCCAUGUUCCCCCUUCAUGGAGCCAAUGUCACCUGGAUCCUGGAUUGUCAGUAGAGGAACAGAAUCGAAGUCUUGCCCUCCUUCAGCGCAUUUCCUCUUUAUCUCCUAUUUUAUUGGACGUGAAAACCUCAAAUGCCACAUAUAAGGUGCACUUCUGCUCUUCAUUUGAGGCAAAGGAGAAUGUCUCUGCCCUGAAGAUAGUUUCCAACCAGGAGACCCCCAUUGGACGCGUGAAUGUAACUUCCGUCAUUGGCGGAGAUGAUUGGUUGAUGCUGUCUUAUGGUGGGGGUGCCAUGUAUGAUAGUGGCGUUUGCAAUGGGACCCAGAGCAGAACCCAGAUCAUGAUCUUGUGUGAUCCAGAUGCACUAGAAUUUUUGAAGUGGAAGUAUAUGGGGGAGCACACACUGAAGGACCCUGCUUGCUUCUACUCAUUUGAAGUUCGUUAUCGUGGUUGUCCGUCCAGUGUGACUCCACAGAAAGCAGGUCUCUCUGGCACUAGCAUCUUUCUUCUCCUGCUCUCAACAGGAUUUCUAGUCUAUUUCAUUGUUGGUGUGGCCUACAUGCGUUCUGUGAGAGGUGCCCGGGGUGCACAACAGAUUCCCAAUUACAAUUUGUGGAAGCGUUUUGGUGCUUUACAAGCUGAUGGCUGCAACUUCUGCUGCCGAUGUGAAGAAGAAGGAGAGGAGAUGGAAUAUUGUGCGAUCCCUUCCAAUGUUGGCCCAAUGGAAUCUCAGCACCGAGACCAUGAUGUCCCCCUUCUGCAGUGACUUGUGAUAGCCUGUGUUUAGCAACAUUCAUCUGUUAUGCUUCUUAAGUGAUCUGUUCAAUGGUAAUUAUGUGAUCUGCACUCUGUUGAGUCAUUGUGUUCAAGGGUUGUGGGGAGGAGAGAACAAUUGAACUGUCAUUUCAUCUCAUUUUGUGUAGCUAAAGAACAAGAAUACAGAACAAGUUUCAUCAAC